UCAAAAACAAGUUGCGGUUACCUAGGUAAAUAGCAACCAAUUGAUUAUGAGUUGUCAUGCAAUUAUGACUUAUCGCUUCUACUGACUCGUUGACUUAGUAGAAGUAGACUUUAGAGGCUUAAGAUUUUCGUAUUCACCUUAGAUUUAUUGUUAAACAUCAGUUGAUAUAUAUUUAUAAGUCUUAGAAUAUAUCUUCAGUUCUAGAGAUGGACAAAACAAUCUGGAAACUUAUUUUCACACUGUAUGUCUUGGCUCCAGUGUCAGGGUACAGUUCAAUGUCGGAAAAAUUAGAAGGACUGUUGUUGUCGUUGGAUAAACUUAUUUAUUACUACGAACAACAUAGCAGUGAAUUUAAUUUUGACGGUAUAUUUGGCCUAAUACCUUUACAAGGAGCCCUUGAAAGUAUUACUGAUGAAUCCCUGUAUGAAAACUAUGAAGAGGUCAGGUUUGCAUUGUUACCAAUGAUGAGGAAACUUAAGAUUCAAAUUUCGAGGAUAAACGCGGUCAUUAGGAAAAGUGUGAAAAUCUUUGAAAAGACAAGAGACCCCUACUUUAUGAAAAUGGGUCAACUUUUGGCACUGAAAUGGACUUUUCCCAAUCGGAACAUCCUGUAUUCUUUUUCAUCGAAUUCAUUAUUCAUACCAAGCGUGCAAAAUAUUUCUAGUGAUGAUUGUAUUAUUCAGCUACUUAAUGCCAAGCAUUAUGGGACCCUUGAUUGUCAUCUUUCAAUGAAAUGUAUCCUAAAGCUCAUGAACUUUCACUCUAGUGGUUAUGAACUGGCUCACCAAGUUCUAUACAUUCUAAUUUCACAUCAAGUUAAUUGUACUGAUUCCCUGAAUGGUAUGUUGUCAAAUCUCUCGACCAGCGUGGAAGUCUUACAAAAUAAACUGUGUUCAAUUUUGUUUCGAGACUUUGUUAAAUUGUUUCUGCUUGUGGAAAUGAUCCCUCAAAAUCGAGAUAUUUUACUUGAAAAAAUGUUUGUGUGCGGAGGUCUUGGUUACGAAAAUUUUAUUCAGUUUUCUAUUCUGAGCAGAAUUUUGUCGUGGCAACAGCCUUCUGGAUGUUUUAUUUCUUCAGGUCCAGUAGAUGAAAAAAGCAAGCAUAGAAAUACUAAAAUCAGGUUUCACGAACGCCAUCCCCUUGUUGAACGCAGACAUGCAGAUGGUUGUCUAUCACAUAUGACUUCUGUGGCUGCCGCUGUGAUGGGUCUGUAUUUGAGAGCGUUUUUCAUCCCCACAGGGUACAUUGAUGGAUAUUCAACCGAUUCAAUGCCUAUUAUAUGGAAAGUGUUUCUGGUCAGAUCAUAUACGUGAGCAUAUUAAUAUUGAUUUUCGAGAAAUUUAUCAUCUAGUUAUACACUGACGUUUUAUUACUGUACAAUGUUUAGUAUUGGGAAAAUAGUCGAAAUUCUAUAUUCCAAUUAUAACUCAAACCCAUUCAUUUGUUUCCCAGUGAGGAAGAUGAUCUACAGAUCAAGCAAAUUCGUUUGGUAGUACUGUGUUCCCGGACCUGGGUAAUUUGAUUGUGAAGGUUUGACAGUUGUAGUAGAUAACGUUUUUAGGGUUUACCUCGUACGGAAGUGGGCAUUUUUCAUUAUUUCACAAACGUUUAAUGAGUUUGUACUUAUGGCUUUGUUUGCGAUUGUACAUCUGCAAAGGAUAUGCUGCUUGUUUGCGUUUAUUAAUUGCCUAUUGUUUUGAACACCGUUUCUGAACAUUCUCUAGAAAUUUUAGCAUUUCCGCGACCAAGAAGUUCGACUUUUUUUCAAGCAAAUUUAUGCUAAUGGUAAUCUCGACCCUAUGGUUUCAUGUCAUGUCCAAUUAAUGCAGUAAAACAGGAAACCAAAUGAAGACAAACGUGGUAUCAUCUAUAAAAUUAAUAGCACUGAUUGUGAGAAAAAUUAUAUUGGAUAAGGGGGAGACAACUAAUAACAAACUGUAGCAUAAGUACAAAGUCAUUUAACAUUUAUGGAACUAGUGAAAAGCUCACUUCUGUAAGAAGUAGGGGUUGAUGAUAUUGUCCAGGGAAACAGUGAAAGCUUUGAGGUUAAAUCAUUCAGCUCUUAAAACAAAACGGAAAACAUGUUUUUCACUUAUUUUUUUGAAUUAAAUUUUCUAGAUUUGAAAAAUGUUUUAGAUGAACGUAGUUUAGCUGACGUUAACCCUCAUCUAUUUGGAGGUAUUUUUGAAAUUUUCAUCUGUUUUGCCAACAAUACGAUUAGCACCAUUUUGAAGGGGAGACAUAACCAUGAAGAAAUAUAGCUUGACAUAGUGUUAAUCAAUGAUAAUAAUAAUCCCAAAAUAUUCUUUGUUAAGACUAUUUACAUUUUAUAUUAUCGAAUAAUUAUUAAACAGCCGCGUAUUUAUUAUAAACCAGUCGCAUUCGACUUGUUGAUACGGAGUAUGGAUAAAGAAUAUCAUGUAUAUAUAAUACCAUUUACAGCAGCUUAUGUUUGACUAAAAAUAUAAGCAUCCCUUCAUUGAGCUGAAACAACUUAACCCUUCGAAUUUAAUUACAAUUUAAAAAAUGAUAAUUGAUAUUUUAAUACAAAUAGAUCGUGGAGAUCGUAGAAUUUUCAGAGUUUUAAACUGAUUUUAGAUAAAACACCAUUGAAAAUCUAAAAUCACUAGACAGUAGUUUUGUCGUACUAUGAGACUAAACGGCCGUCAAGUGGUUCCAUGUUUUCAACGGUGUUCUAUCUAAGAUUAGUCCAUGAUUUAUAACUGUGACAACUGACAUUUUUUUGAACUUCUAUUUUACUGUUAUCGACCUAAUAUAUUUCUGGCUUUUAGUUCACUUCCAAAACUGAUAGAAGAUGAUGAUAAUCAAAGUGGAAUUUCAAAUCAAAAUAUAUUAAACUCAUUUUCAAAUCGAUUAAUAUAUAUUAAAGAACCAAUAUAUUUAUCAACCCGGAUCCCAUUUAGUUUAAGUUAUUCAACACAUUUUCAAGGAAAACUGGACGAAAUAAAUUCCGAUUUUUUAUUUGUUAGUAUUUUACUUUUAUGUUCUAUUUGUAUUUUUCUCUAUUUAUUAUUACGUAGUUUUAUAGUCUACUGUGGGUUUUUCAACUCAUCUAAACCAACUUUAAAAGUAUAAAUAACAGAAAAGAAACUGUACUCUAUAAUUUAUCAUUCAUAUUUGAUUCUUUUCAACUUACCAUUCGGUCAUUCUAAAUAAAAUUUUGUAAAAACGUUUAACUGUGAUAAAAAUUUAUCUUU